AUGGAGGACAAGAAUAAUGAUGAUCACAUAAUGGAUGAAAGUGACGUGGAUGAAACUCAAUCUCACACAAAUGACAAACCCAAAUGGGCAAAUGGUCAAUGUGUUCUGGCAAUUCCAAGCUAUUCUCUGGUAAACCCCAGCUUUGACCUCUCGCAAUGCAGCACCACGUUGGAGAGGAACGGCUUUCAGAUUCCAAUGAGAGAUAUCGAGGUGCCCUUGAAAACAGCCUUGGAAGUCCCUUCAGUCAGAAGAUAUAUGAUUUUCAACUCUUCGCUCUUCCAUAUUAUAAUGGCACCGUUUCUAUAUCUAGUGUUGUGGUGCGCCGUGUUCUCCACCCUGCGCCUCUAUAUGUCCGUCAUCGACUAUUGGAUCCUGUGCCUGUGUGUCAGUCUGAUUUCCGUGGCCCUUACUACUGCUAUAAUCUUUGUUCUCAACCACAAUAAAAAGGAGAUCAAUAUUAACUUGGACGUACGGCUGAUCCAAGUGAAUGAGACGAUGGUCAAGCACAAGCUGCUGGUGGCCGUGGCCGACUGGGUGCACAACUGCAAAGGAAGCAUACAGCUGUACUUUGUGUAUUGGGACAUGGCUGGUUGUUUGCGAACACUGACUGAAACACUAGAGGAGCGCAGUUUAGCGGGCAAUGACACCUGGAGCAAGCUGAAGAAGAAGAUGUCCCAUCUGGUUCUGAUGACCGAGGUCCCAUGCGAGGACCCUGAAGAGGAACAAGGUCCGCAAGAGCAGAGGCCUCUACUGAGAAAUGACGACUGUGGUUCUUCUUCUUCUAAAGUCACGAGCAACUACAGUCUCAUCCCUGAGGCAUCUCUACCCGCUGAGACUCAAGCCUACCAGCUGCUGAUGAUCUACAGUGCUGCCUACGUCAAGCUUUUGGUAUCUGGUCAGCUGUCUGGACCUUCACACCACCGCAUGCGACCUCAGAAUAACCACUGCACUACUGCGCCAUUUUGCCUCUGUCAGUUCAUCAAACUCAAGGUUCUUGAAUAG